AUGGCAUCGUUCCUCCGGCAAGAUCAGCCCGCAGCGCCGCCGGCAUGGUUCGUCUCGCUGGCCGUCAUCGGCUCCCUCUACGUCGCGCCAUUUUUGUUCCGCCUCCUGGCGCACCUCUCCCUGUGCCUACGCCGGCCCAAGGACCUGCGCCGCCGGUACGGCGCGUGGGCCGUCGUCACCGGCCCGACCUCCGGCAUCGGCCGGUCCUUCGCCCUGGAGCUCGCCAGCCAGGGCAUGAACCUCGUCCUCGUCGACCUCAACGCCGCCAAUCUCCGGGAAAUCUCCGACACCAUCAGAUCUCGCCACGGAGUGCAGACCAAGACCGUGGUGUUCGACCUCUCCAGCGUCGCCACCCCUCAAGGUGACAAGGCGAUGGCGCGGCUGAAGGAGGCCAUUGAGGGGCUGGACGUUGGUGUGCUGGUGAACAACGCCGGCGUGGCGAAGCCGGGCGCGCGGUACCUGCACGAGGCGGACGCGGAUGCGUGGGUGAGGAUGAUAAAGGUGAACCUGUGGGCGGUGACGGAGGUGACCGCGGCGGUGCUGUCGGGGAUGGUGGAGCGCCGCAGGGGCGCCGUGGUGAACAUGGGGUCGGCGUCGUCGGAGGCCAUCCCGUCGUUCCCCCUCUACACCAUCUACGCCGCCACCAAACGGUACGUUGCUCAGUUCUCCAGGAGCCUUUACGUCGAGUACAGAAGCAAAGGAAUCCACGUGCAAUGCCAGGCCCCGUUCUUCGUGGCGACCGGCAUGGUGUCGAGGCUGUCGGAGACCAGUCGCCUCUCCCUGCUCCUCGUCGCACCGACACCCGACGCCUACGCGCGCGCGGCGGUGCGCUGGAUGGGGCACGGCCCGCCGCUCUGCGCGCCAAACCUCUGCCACCAGCUCCUGUGGUGCCUCGCCGCCGCCGUGCCGGACUCCGUCCACGACUGGCUCCGCCUGCGCGCGAACCUGCAUCACCGAGAGCUCUUCCACACAAGGUCGUCAACACGUCGUGAGGGCGUGCAAACAGUCACGCGAACUCCGUAA